CGCCCCGCCCCUCGGCGUACGUGCGCGCGCAGGGCGCAGGCGCGCGGGUCCCGGCGGCGCGUGAGAGGCCGGCGGCAGGACGCGGCCGUCUGAGGCGCGGGAGCCGCGAGAGGAUGGAGCCGCCGAAGCUGGAAAAGUUCGCCACCGCCAGCCGGGGAAACGGGCUGCGCGCCGCGGCCCCGCUGCGCCCCGGGGAGCUGCUCUUCCGCUCGGACCCCCUGGCGUACACGGUGUCCAAGGGGAGUCGAGGCGUCGUCUGCGACCGCUGCCUCCUCGGGAAGGAAAAGCUGAUGCGAUGCUCUCAAUGCCGCGUCGCCAAAUACUGUAGUUCUAAGUGUCAGAAAAAAGCUUGGCCGGACCACAAGCGGGAAUGCAAAUGCCUUAAAAGCUGCAAACCCAGAUAUCCUCCAGACUCCGUUCGACUUCUUGGCAGAGUUGUCUUCAAACUUAUGGAAGGAUCACCUUCAGAAUCAGAGAAGCUUUACUCAUUUUAUGAUCUGGAGUCAAAUAUUAACAAACUGACUGAAGAUAAGAAAGAGGGCCUCAGGCAACUUGUAAUGACAUUUCAGCAUUUCAUGAGAGAAGAAAUCCAGGAUGCCUCUCAGCUGCCACCUGCCUUUGACAUUUUUGAAGCCUUUGCAAAAGUGAUCUGCAACUCUUUCACCAUCUGUAAUGCAGAGAUGCAGGAAGUUGGUGUUGGCCUAUAUCCUAGUAUCUCUUUGCUCAAUCACAGCUGUGACCCCAACUGUUCAGUUGUGUUUAAUGGGCCCCACCUCUUACUGCGAGCCGUCCGAGACAUCGAGGUGGGAGAGGAGCUCACCAUCUGCUACCUGGAUACGCUGAUGACCAGUGAGGAGCGCCGGAAGCAGCUGAGGGACCAGUACUGCUUCGAAUGUGACUGUUUCCGCUGCCAAACCCAGGACAAGGAUGCUGAUAUGCUGACUGGUGAUGAGCAAGUGUGGAAGGAAGUUCAGAAAUCCCUGAAAACAAUUGAAGAACUGAAGGCACACUGGAAGUGGGAGCAGGUUCUGGCCAUGUGCCAGGCGAUCAUAAGCAGCAAUUCGGAACGGCUUCCCGAUAUCAACAUCUACCAGCUGAAGGUGCUUGACUGCGCCAUGGACGCCUGCAUCCACCUGGGCCUGCUGGAGGAGGCCUUGUUCUACGGUACUCGCACCAUGGAGCCGUACAGGAUUUUUUUCCCAGGCAGCCAUCCCGUCAGAGGCGUUCAAGUAAUGAAAGUUGGCAAACUGCAGUUACAUCAAGGCAUGUUUCCCCAAGCGAUGAAGAACCUGAGACUGGCUUUUGAUAUUAUGAGAGUGACUCAUGGCAGAGAACACAGCCUGAUUGAAGAUUUGAUUCUGCUUUUAGAAGAAUGUGACGCCAACAUCAGAGCAUCCUAAGGGACCCGUCAGAGGGAAAGGUGGCUUGUGGCUUUGUUGAAUGCCUUAUUGAGGUCACACACUUUGUAUUUUGUUUGCUGUGUGAACCUCUCCUAUUGAAAAUUCUCUUCUGUGUUUGUGUAGGUAAAUAAAGGCAGACAUGAUUUGCAGAUCACAAGAAUCAUUAGUUGUAGAGAAGCAUGAUUAUAAUAAAUUCAAAAAAUUUGGGUGAAGAUGC